AUGUCCUUCGAAAAGAAGUUUCAAGCUGGUGAGACUUACGGGGAUCCCCGUACAGAAUCAUCGCAUUUUAUGACUGAUGCCGCCGACAUUGCCGAAUAUAUCUGGAAUAACGCUGUUGGCGUCCAAAAUCGGACGUCCAAAAAGGAGAUUAUAGAACUUUUGAGAGAACUCUUACAUAAAGGAGAACCAAUUGACGACAAGAAGGGCACCACCGAGCUCCUGAUCAGCAUUCUUACAAGCCUACCCUCCACAUCAAAACUUCGUACUCGACUCACCAGCAAGUUUAUCGACAGGCUGUGGAGUAAUAUCCAACAUCCACCACUGAGCUAUGUUGGAGGCGAUGUCAAGUAUGAGGUUGUCAAUCCCCACGAGCCAGUUUCCAAAGACGACAAUGAGGCCUAUAGCACGAUUGAGUUCAAGGCUCCUGAUAGCGACAUAAUGCUACGGGAGCGCAUGCCAAAAGUCCCCGACGGUACCUAUCAAUACCGAUUACCUGAUGGGAGCUUCAACAGUGUCCUUCAGCCUAACUUGGGAAAAGCCGGUACGCCUUAUGCCAAGACUGUCCGUCCGCUAAAGCGGCUUCAAGGAGUCAAGCCUGACCCGGGUCUACUCUUUGAUCUUUUGAUGGCCCGCGAUGAGGAUAACUUCGUUGAGAACCCUGCUGGCAUCUCGUCUAUGCUCUUCUACCAUGCAUCUAUCAUCAUUCAUGACAUCUUUCGCACUAAUCGUACGGACAUGAACAAGUCUGAUACGUCGUCAUAUCUUGACCUGGCGCCCCUGUACGGUUCAUCACUCAAGGAUCAGUUGGAAAUCCGUACCAUGAAAGAGGGCAAGUUGAAGCCCGACACCUUCCAUGAGAAACGGCUAUUAGGGCAGCCCGCCGGUGUCAAUGUCAUGUUGGUCCUCUACAGCCGCUUCCACAACUACGUUGCCGACAUCUUAUUAAAAAUCAACGAGAAUGGACGGUUUACACUGGCAUGCCCGCCAAAUGCUAGCCCUGAAGACAAGGCUCGAGCUGUAGCCAAGCAAGACCAUGACAUCUUCAACACCGCUCGUUUGAUCGUUGGCGGGCUUUAUGUCAACAUAUCCCUGCAUGACUACUUGCGAGCCAUCACCAACACCCACCACUCUAAGAGUGAUUGGACAUUGGACCCUAGGAUCGAGAUAGGCAACCAAUAUGAUGGCGAGGGUGUUCCUCGGGGCGUUGGCAAUCAGGUCAGCGUCGAGUUCAAUCUGAUAUACCGAUUUCAUUCAUGCAUCUCCAAAAAAGACGAGCGCUGGAUUAAUGAUUUCUUUCUUAAGCUUUUCCCGGGCCGUAACCCAGACGACUUGAGUAACGUGAGCCAUGUCGAGCUUGGUCAGGCAUUGGUGGCCUUUGAACAGAGUAUUCCCAAAGAUCCUAGUGUUCGAACAUUUGACGGCCUAGAACGUCAGGCCGAUGGCACAUUCAAAGACGAGGACCUUGUCCGCAUUCUAAAAGAGGCCAUGGAGGACCCAGCUGGUGCCUUUGGCGCCCGUAUGGUCCCUAAGGCGCUGAAGGUGGUCGAAGUUCUCGGUAUCAACCAAGCUCGCAAAUGGCAGGUUGCGUCCUUGAACGAAUUUCGUGACUUCUUUGGACUCAAACGAUAUGAUAAAUUCAGUGAUAUCAACUCAAACGAGGAGAUUGCCAACAUCCUGGAGAAGCUGUAUGCGGAUCCUGACAUGGUGGAACUUUAUCCGGGUCUCAUGAUUGAGGACAUUAAGCCCGUCCGCAAUCCUGGUUGCGGAAUCUGCCCAACUUACUCAGUCGGCCGCGCAAUCCUUUCUGACGCCAUCACGCUCGUGCGGUCAGAUAGAUUCAACACAAUCGACUAUACGGUCGCCAAUCUCACAAGUUGGGGCUACAAUGAAGUACAGCAAGAUUACAAGACUCUUGGUGGUUCCAUGCUGUACAAGCUCAUACAACGAGGUGUUCCCGGCUGGUUCCCCUUCAACUCCGUAGCCGUUAUGCAACCCAUGUAUACAAAGAAAGCCAACGAAAAGAUUGCUCAGGAGCUUGGAACGCUGGGCCAGUAUACGCUGGACGACCCAAAGCCUCCAGGAAUGCCCAUCACAAUUUCCGCAAAUGCCUCGAUUAAACAAAUAUUUGAUAACCCCGCACAGUUCGCUGUGCCUUGGCUCAAAUCAUUCAACUGCUUGUUCCCGGGAAAGAAAGAUUUGGGUUGGUUUAUGUUGGCUGGUGACGAAACCCAUGGCUAUGCGAAUCGUGCUGGUUUUGGCAAAGCAAUGGGCAAUAUUCCACACUUGCAUCAUGCCAUAAACGAGUUCAUCCAUGGCGUUGGCACACAGAUGGUCCAAAAAGAGACCUUCAGACUCAAAGAGGGCCUUAAUCAGGCUGACCUGGUCCGCGAUAUUGCUAUUCCAUUGUUGACAAGGCUACUCGCAGACCUUUUCUACUUUGACUUGCGCUCUGAUGAGAAUCCAGACGGCAAACUAGGCACGGUCGAUCUCUAUCAGCACCUGAUGAAUAUUCGCGCCUGGGGGGAUAAUACCGACUCUGGAGAGGCCUGGAACCGUCGCCGUCGUGCUAAGGAGAGUCUUGAGGUCAUCAUCAAGUCCACUCGGAAGCUAGUUGACGAAGUUGCUGUUAGUGGUGGUUUUGGAAUGGGCGUCGUCUCUGCCUUGACGAGUAAAUUCACCCGCAAGGCUCACAUAAAGGAGAACUCUUUGAGAUCGUGUGGCUUGAAGCUUGUUGAGGAGCUCCUGGCCCAAGGAAAUUCGGCUGAGAGGGUUGUUGACAGCCUAUGGCUGACGGCCUUUGGCGGUGUCGGGCCUCCAGUCAAUACAUUUUACGAAGUCCUGGAAUUCUUUCUGCGGCCCGAGAAUGCAUCCCUGUGGGCUGAUGUGCAGGACUAUGCUCAAAAGUCUGAUGAUAGCUGCCUUCGUGCCUAUGUUGUUGAGGCACAACGUCUCACGAGUUCACAACGCGUUCUGCGUACCGCGACGCAGCCGGCUGAAAUGGAGGGCAAGUCAAUUCAACCGGGUAAUAUGAUUAUUAUUAUGCUUGGCGAGGCCGGGCGUAAUCCAUCAGAGGUCUCUAGCUCCGACAAGUUUGACGCAAAAAGACAGGCAGGCUCUGCGGCUCCCUUCAGCUACGGUCAUCACCCUUGUUUUGGCGACGACAUUGCACUCGCCUUCGUGACCGGACUAGUGAAACUUUGCGCCGGCCUCAGCCAGCUACGUCCGGCACCGGGGGCGAUGGGACAAGCCAAGACGAUCCGCGUUGGCGACGACAAGUUCUAUCUUAAUGACAGCUGGUCAUACUUUAGCCCUUAUGCCAAUAGUUCUAACCAGCUCGUAGCCUGGAAGGUCCACUUCAAUGGUCACGGAAAAGGCAACUACGAGGGCGAAAUGCUGCCGAAGAAGUUGGUGGAUAUGCAAGAAUACUACUAUCUGGUAAGGAAAUACAAGGAUAAGCUUAAAAGGGCUAUCUAG